AUGAGUUGUUUUAAGGAAACUUUUAAUGUUAAAUAAAAUUUGGUCUAGUAUUACACAAAUUUGGAUACCUUACUAAUAAAGGUCCAAAUUGAGUAAACAAAUGCAUCGUUGAGCCUAAGUUAGUUUAAGAGUGGGUUGAUAGUAAUGUUAUUAAUAAUAUCCUUAUAAAAUUAAAAAAAAUAUUAAUAAUAGUGGAGCACUUUUUUGUAAUGA